AUGAGGUACGCUAUCUUCGAGAGGUCCGAGGGGAAGGAGGAGGGCUACAGCUCGAUGAUGAGAGAACACUGCAUGAGAAACACCCGACAGAUUCCCGACUCUCCAGCGAAGUGUUCCGGGAGAGACUCAGAGUCCAACAGCAUGUCUUUGCUCCAGCAGCCUGUGCCUGAAUUAGGUCAGCCAGGAGGCUCUGUGACUCUGAACUGUACAAUACACACUGAGACCUGUGUAGGAGAACACAGUGUCUAUUGGUUCAGACAUGGCUCAGGAGAAUCUCGUCCAGGAAUCAUUUACACCCAUGGAAACUGGAGUGAUCAGUGUGAGAAGAGCCCUGAUGCUGGGUCUCCUACACAGAGCUGUGUCUACAACCUCCAUAAGAGGAACCUCAGCUUCUCUGAUGCUGGGACUUACUACUGUGCUGUGGCCUCAUGUGGGGAGAUACUGUUUGGGAACGGGACCAAGCUGGACAUUGAGGACCAUAGAGCAGAUCCUCUUCUCUUGGUGUCCUGCCUGGGUGUAGUAUUGGGUGUCACGUUCACCUUGAUCAUUGUCCUGGUUUGCAUCAUGUACAAGAUGAACAACACAACAUGUGUGCAGUGCAGAGGACUCGUCUCACAGACCAGAGGUCCUGCAGUUACCAGGUCAGACGCAGGGGACCAAGAUGGAGACAGUCUCCAUUACGUAGCUCUGAAUCUGAGCAACAAGAAGAACAGGUCUAGAAGACAGAGAGGUCACAUGGAGACAGUGGUGUAUGCUGGGAUCAGACAGUAGAACUGGAUGAAUGAGCCAAUGAUCCUUUUAUACUAGAUAACUCUAUAAUGACUAGUUCUAGCUUCAUUAACUAUCUAUGAAUGCAUAAGCAGUCAAAUGUGAUGAAAACAGUGGUCAUAGCUUUAUUGUUAUUCAAUGUUGAAAUAAUUGAAUGCAUUGCUUCUCUGACAAACCAAUUUUUACAUUUGAAUAAUAUUAAUAAUAAUUAGGGUGGUGCUUAUAAUUGUCUUGGUACUCAAGUGUGUAAUGGAAAUGUUAUUUUUAUGCUAAUCCCAACUCCCCCUGAGACACCCGCAGGGAGUGGGUUCACAGCCAGGGUCACCAUUGUACAGCACCCCUG